UCUCUCUCAAUCAUUAGUAAGCGACAGAGGAAGAGGAAGAGGAAGAGGAGGAGAAGAAGCUUCUCUUUUUGACCUCUCACAGAAGAGAUCCGUGAAGAUAGUUUUUUUGGCAGGCGGAUCUGACAUCUGUUUCCGAAUCUCCUUUUGAAGUUCUUCAGUGAAUCAGCUGUUCAAUGGGUUUGUGGGAAGCUUUUCUCAAUUGGCUUCGUAGCCUCUUCUUCAAGCAAGAAAUGGAACUUUCUUUGAUUGGGCUUCAGAAUGCAGGGAAGACAUCUCUUGUCAAUGUUGUUGCAACUGGUGGUUAUAGUGAGGACAUGAUUCCUACAGUGGGUUUUAACAUGAGGAAAGUGACAAAAGGAAAUGUUACCAUCAAGCUAUGGGAUCUUGGUGGUCAACCUAGGUUCCGGAGCAUGUGGGAACGUUAUUGCCGCGCUGUCUCCGCCAUUGUGUAUGUAGUUGAUGCUGCAGAUCCUGACAACCUAAGUGUCUCCAAAAGCGAACUCCAUGAUCUGUUGAGCAAGACUUCUCUUAACGGUAUCCCUCUUCUGGUUCUUGGGAACAAGAUCGACAAACCUGGAGCUCUCUCUAAAGAAGCAUUAACCCACGAAAUGGAGCUUCAGUCGCUUACAGAUAGAGAAGUUUGCUGUUUCAUGAUAUCUUGCAAGAACUCUACCAACAUUGAUCAGGUCAUUGAUUGGCUGGUGAAGCAUUCAAAAUCAAAGAACUAAAAAACUUCACCAAGAAGAACCACACAUUCUCUCUUCUCAAGUCCUCUUCCUGUAUUGUGUGCCUGAUGAAGACUAUUUUAAAACUCGUGUGAAAACAAGAGUUUGUCUCUGUAUAUUGGAUGUGGGAUGGUAUUCUAUUCUAAAGCAUUUGCAAUU